GGCGGGCGCCGGACCCCCAGGCAGAGCGACAGGUCUCGGGCCCUCAGGCGGAGCGGCGGGCGCCGGACCCCCAGAUGGAGCGACAGGUCUCGGGCCCCCAGGCGGAGCGGCGGGCGCCGGACCCCCAGGCGGAGCGACAGGUCUCGGGCCCUCAGGCGGAGCGGCGGGCGCCGGACCCCCAGGUGGAGCGACAGGUCUCGGGCCCUCAGGCGGGCGACAGGUCUCAGGCCCCCAGGCGGGGCGGCGCCGGACCCCCAGGCGGAGCGGCGGGCGCCGGACCCCCAGGCGGAGCGACAGGUCUCGGGCCCCCAGGCGAAGCGGCGGGCACCGAGUCACCAGGCACGACAGUGGGCUCCGAGUCAACUGGCAUGACCGCUGACACUGGGUCAGACAUUGGAUCGUCUGGCUGGACAGCGGGCAUCGGGUCACCAGGCAUCAGGUCAUUUGGCUCGACAGCGGGCAUCGCGUCAUCUGGCAAGGCAGUGGGCUCCGAGUCAACUGGUAUGACCGCGGGCACUGGGUCAGACAUUGGAUCGUCUGACUGGACAGCGGGCAUCGGGUCACCAGGCGUCAAGUCAUUUGGCUCGACAGUGAGCACCGCGUCAUCUGGCAAGGCAGUGGGCUCCGAGUCAACUGGCAUGACCGCGGGCACUGGGGCAGACAUUGAAUCGUCAGGCUGGAUC